AGCCCCGCCCCUCCUCCUCCUCUGAACCCAGAACCUGGGAGCUCGGUAGCUCUCGCGGUGACUCGAGUAUCGUCGCCGGGUGUCGCCAGGUGCCCCUCACCUCCCGAGAUACCCGCUCAUAGAGCCGGCGGCUAAUACAGCUGGAGACCCAGAGCCCACCCAGGACCGUAGCCACACAGGGAGCGGGGCGGCAGCAGCAUGGAUAAUUUAAGUGACACUUUGGAGAAAUUGAAGCUAACUGGAUCUGACUGCACGUCUGACAAGUUAGACGGAUGUUUGGAUUGUCUGCUCCAGGCACUUGGUCAGAACAACGUAGAGAGCAGUGAAAAAAUCCUUCAGAAUGGGAUUCUUCAAGUAUUUGCAAGUCUUUUGAACUCACAAUCUUCUCGCACGGCAAAAAUAGCUCACAUCAUAGCCGAAAUAGCAAAAAAUGAACAAAUGCGCAUCCCAUGUGUGGAUGCAGGACUGAUCCCACCUUUGGUGCAGCUCUUAAAUUGCAAAGAUCAAGAAAUCUUGCUACAAACUGGUCGAGCCCUUGGAAAUAUUUGCUAUGAUAGCCAUGAGGGCAGGCGAGCAGUUGACCAAGCGGGUGGUGCACAAAUUGUAGUUGACCAUUUACGGUCAAUAUGCACAUUAACAGAUCCAGCAAAUGAGAAGCUCAUGACUGUCUUUUGUGGCAUGCUGAUGAACUAUAGCAAUGAGAAUGAUUCUCUGCAAGCUCAGCUUAUAAAUAUGGGAGUGAUUCCUACAUUAGUCAAGCUUCUCGGAGUUCAUUCUCAGAACACUCAUUUGACAGAAAUGUGCCUUGUUGCCUUUGGUAAUUUAGCAGAGCUUGAAUCAAGUAAAGAGCAGUUUGCAUCUACAAAUGUUGCCGAUGAACUUGUUAAACUUUUUAAAAAGCAAUCCGAGCAUGAAAAGAAGGAAAUGAUUUUUGAAGUCCUGGCUCCUCUUGCGGAAAAUGAUGCCAUAAAGCUUCAGCUAGUGGAGGCUGGUCUGGUGGAAUGUUUACUCGACAUAGUCCAUCUAACUGUGAACAGUGAAAAGGAUGAUGAUGUUGCAGAAUUGAAAACUGCCUCUGAUCUAAUGGUCCUUCUGCUGUUAGGAGAUGAGUCCAUGCAGAAAUUGUUUGAAGGUGGAAAAGGCAGUGUCUUUCAGAGGGUUCUCUCCUGGCUUCCCUCACACAAUCAUCAGCUACAGUUAGCGGGGGCCCUGGCUAUAGCCAAUUUUGCUAGAAAUGAUGGGAACUGCAUUCAUAUGGUUGACAAUGGCAUUGUGCAGAAGCUCAUAGACCUUUUAGACAGACAUGUUGAAGAAGGCAAUGUAACUGUACAGCAUGCUGCUCUUAGUGCUUUGAGAAACCUGGCAAUCCCUGUUGUGAAUAAAGCAAAAAUGUUGUCAGCUGGAGUAGCGGAGGAAGUGCUGAAGUUUCUGAAGUCAGAAAUGCCUCCAGUACAGUUUAAAUUACUGGGAACACUACGGAUGUUAAUAGAUGCCCAAGCUGAAGCUGCUGAACAACUGGGAAAGAACACCAAACUUGUUGAGCGUCUUGUAGAGUGGUGUGAAGCCAAAGACCAUGCUGGGGUUAUGGGAGAAUCCAACAGGCUGCUCUCAGCGCUCAUAAGGCACAGCAAAUCCAAGGAUGUAAUUAGAACCAUUGUCGAAAGUGGUGGCAUCAAGCACUUAGUCACCAUGGCAACCAGCGAACAUGUAAUAAUGCAGAAUGAAGCACUUGUUGCCCUGGGAUUAAUAGCUGCAUUAGAAUUACAAACUGCAGAAUGUGAGCUAGAAAGUGCCAAGCUAGUCCAGGUUCUGCAUAGACUGUUAUCAGAUGAAAGAAGUGCCCCAGAGAUUAAGUACAAUUCUAUGGUUCUCAUCUGUGCUGUUAUGGGCUCUGAGCCCCUGCAUAAGGAAGUUCAAAGCCUGGCAUUCCUGGACGUUGUAUCAAAAUUACGAAGCCAUGAAAACAAAACUGUAGCCCAGCAGGCCUCGCUGACAGAGCAGAAACUGACUGUACAGAGCUGAGAGUGGUCGGCACACAUUGUCCAUCCUGCUGAUUCCAUUGUCUCCUGUGCUCUACCCCAGCCAUAGCCCCACCAACUGUAUCACUUGUGCAUGUGUGUAAUGUUGCCACAGAAACAGAUGAACUGCUGUAGGUACAAUCGUAGGCACAGAAAGAUGAAACUAAGCCAGUCUCUUCUCAUUCCUGUCUCCCUUGUAUACUUGUUGCUUACCUCCAAGGGGAAUAUGUGCAUGUUGUAGUCCUCUAAUGUAAAAGUAAUACUCACUGACACCUAUAACAACCCUGAACAGCAUAAUAGAGUAUUACUAGAGUCUGGUCAGUACAGGAAACAGCCAGUUCUUUUUGGAAUUGGAUUAUCAUACGUAGUCACAACAGCUCCAUUUUUGGUGCUUUGGUUGCAGGCUAGGAAGGGAAUGUAUUGCCACUCAUUCACUAGUCUUGCCUGUUGCUGUCAAACUUGUGGUACAAUGCCCAGAGUCAACUAAUAAAAAUAUCAAUGCCCUCUUA